CUGCCUCCACCAGAGAAACCCACCGAGCAAACACUUCACAGGAGAGCAUCAGGAUGAGCGUCACACCUCCACUGUUCCUCCUGCUCCUGAGCUGCGGCGUCCGGGCCGUCCCCUCCCCGUUCCAGCUGGCCCCGGACACGCCGGCACCGGCGGAGCCCACUCCAACCCAGGCCGCACCCGGGCUUCACCCCUGCGAGGGCCGACCCUGCCUCAACGGGGGGCUGUGCCUGGCUCUUCCCUCCCCGGGCAGAGCAGAGGACACCUGGGAGUACACCUGCACGUGCAGUCAGGGCUUCACCGGACGCAACUGCGAGUUUUUCACAGACCCAUGUUCCAGCAGUCCCUGUCUCCAUGGAAACUGCAGCCUGCACAAUGGAGAGGAGGAGGGGGAGCCGACUUACACCUGUGAAUGCAGUGACGGUUUUGAGGGCCCUAAGUGUGAUCAGAUGCUACUGGACCUGGCUGACUGGGAGCCCGUGACACCGUCUGCCCCUGAACUGGCCACCCCCGUCGCUUCCACAACACCCGCUGCCACUCAACCGCCACAGCCAUCCACCGAGCCCACCAGCACAACACCAGUGCCUCAGACCCUGCAGCCGUGGCAACCCAAAACUGGGCAACGGCUUCUGAUGGUGCCAUGGGAGGCAGACAGGGUGACAGAGGGUCUGCACUGUGUGAGCCCAGAGCUGUGUGAGCUGACAGCAACUCUGACUUUAUCUCUGGAGGUGCCAGAGGAAACGGCUGUAAAGUUGUUGGUGAAUGCCACUGGAGCUCCUGUGCUGUGGCGUGUGAAUGAAGAAGGUUUCCUGCGAUCUUCCGUUUCAAAUGGCUCCAAAAUGUGGUUCCUGCAGGCCUCCAAUGGGCUGGUGGUGCCUGACCAUGCGUUACCUCUGGGACAAAACUACUUCAUCAGUGUGAUACAGGUGGAUACUCCCAUGGCCCCAGAGGUCACCCUGCGUCUCAACCUGACAGUGAAAGCUAGCAGCUGCGUGGAACCCGGCAGCAGCUUCAGCGACCCUCAGUGCUCCGGCAAAGGGGAAUGUGUCACGCAGCCCUCUGAGAGCACCUUCUUCUGUGAGUGCGAUGACGGCUACACCGGAAUCUUCUGUGAGGAAUUUGACGCCUGCCACCGCCGCCCUUGUCAUAACAACGGCACAUGCACUGAUGUUAGGCAGGGCGGGGAAGGACGCAACUUCACUUGUACCUGUCAACCAGGUUAUGAAGGGGACCGCUGCCAGUUGCUGGUGAAUCACUGCCUCUCCCAGCCCUGCGAGAAUGGAGCCACCUGCUCCAGCAGUUUGGCUGGGCCCAGGUGCUACUGUCCAGAAGGAUUUCAGGGGGCGACAUGUGAGCAGAAGGUGGAUCCGUGUGCGUCUCGGCCUUGCCACAACAAUGGAACCUGCCACCCUCAGGGUCCAAGUCCCCUGGGGUUUGGCUGCAGCUGCACGUCUGGUUUCACUGGCCCCACUUGUGCCCAGCUGGUCGACUUCUGUGCUUUGAACCCGUGUGCCCACGGAGUGUGUCGCAGUGUGGGCAACAGCUACAGAUGUCUUUGUGUCCCAGGCUACCACGGUUUGUACUGUGAAGAAGAGUACAAUGAGUGUCUGUCUGCGCCCUGCCAAAACUAUGCCACCUGCCGGGACCUCAUCAAUGCCUACGAAUGUGUUUGCACGCCACAGUUUGAAGGUAAACAUUGUGAAAUUUACAAGGACCCAUGUCUGAAAAUGAAGUGCCUCAACGGAGGUCACUGCGAGAGUGCAGGACUCAAUGCUUCCUGUGCCUGCCCACCUGGAUACAUGGGGGGGCGGUGCGAGGUCGACAUCAACGAGUGUGAGAGCAACCCUUGUCACCAUGGAGGCACUUGUGUUGACCAAUCACAUGGCUUCACCUGUCACUGUCUGCCUGGCUGGGUGGGGCCUAACUGUGAGAUCCACCUGCAAUGGAAGCCACAGCACUCGGAGGAAACUCUGACUAACAUGCCCCGCCAUUCCCUUUACAUCAUCAUCGGAGCGUUGUGUGUGGCCUUCGUCCUCAUGCUCAUCAUCCUCAUCGUGGGCAUCUGUCGCAUCAGCCGCAUCGAGUACCAGGGCUCGUCACGCCACGCCUACCAGGAGUUCUACAACUGCCGCAGCAUAGACAGCGAGUUCAGCAACGCCAUCGCUUCCAUCCGCCACGCCAGAUUUGGCAAGAAGUCCCGGCCUGCCAUGUACGACGCCACUCCCAUCAACUACGAAGACUACAGUCCGGAUGACAAACCUUUGGUUACUCUGAUAAAAACGAAGGAUUUGUAAAACACAGCAACUCACCACAUGUUGCACACGUACACACAGGCGUGUAUUGGAAAGUCAGUCUGAAUGUAGAAUUAGAGAAUACGAAAGCAAAGAUCCCAAAAUCCAAUACAGGUGGUCCUCGUUUCACAUUAUUGGUUAAAAAAACACGCUUCCAUGAAUUCAUUAAAAAAGUAGUUUGCGUCCGUAAGCACAAGACUGGUUUGUCUACACUGAGGAAGGAAAACAUUGCUUAUUAGUAGAGAUGUCCGAUAAAUGCGUUAAAAUGUAAUAUCGGAAAUGAUCGGUAUCGUUUUUUUUAUUAUCGGUAUCGUUUUUGUUUUUGUUGUUGUUUUUUUUUUUUUAUUAAAUCAACAUAAAAAACACAAGAUACACUUACAAUUAGUGCACCAACCCAAAAAACCUUCCUCCCCCAUUUACACUCAUUCACACAAAAGGGUUGUUUCUUCCUGUUAUUAAUAUUCUGGUUCCUACAUUAUAUAUCAAUAUAUAUCAAUACAGUCCGCAAGGGAUACAGUCCGUAAGCACACAUGAUUGUGUGUGCUGCUGGUCCACUAAUAGUACUAACUUUUAACAGUUAAUUUUACUAAUUUUCAUUAAUUACUAGUUUCAAUGUACCGGUAACUGUUUUUAUAUUGUUUUACUUUCUUUUUUAUUCAAGGAAAUGUUUUUAAUUUAUGUAUCUUAUUUUAUUUUAUAAUUUUUUUUAAAAGUACCUUAUCUUCACCAUACCUGGUUGUCCAAAUUAGGCAUAAUAAUGUGUUGAUUCCACGACUGUAUAUCGGUUGAUAUCGGUAUCGGUAAUUAAAGAGUUGGACAAUAUCGGAAUAUCGGAUAUCGGCAAAAAGCCAUUAUCGGACAUCCCUACUUAUUAGUUAACUUUUUGCGCUUCAUUGUGUCUUGUAGGUUAUGUCUCGGAUGGCAGUGCGCCAAAGAAAAGGAAAGUGUAAAAAAUGAAAGAGAUAAAAAGCUCAGAGAGGGGAAUUGUGCUCGACUGUCGCGAUCAUUAAGGAUGUAAUUUUUGAGCACGUUAAAUGACACCUAAGCAGCGUCACAUUAUUGGGAUUGAGACUAAAAGAUUGUUUGGAAUCUUGAAAAGUAAUAAAGUAAGGGAUGUUUUUUGCGGUCUUAGGCUAAUUAGCAAAACUAAAAGUUCAAGGUGGGGAUGAGAAAUCAGUUGGUUCGGAUUAUUGAAAGCGUAAAAUGUACAUAAGGAAUCGUUGUCUUUUUUUUGUAGGCGUAUCUUAGAACAGUCGAUUAUUUGACAAUUCCAUUUGGAGAAGGCGACUGUCAACCUCACAGUCAAAUCGUCGGACGUUGAACCCGACCAGUCGGCUCAGUCAACAAAUGUCUCUCACUGCCCCCCUCUGGCAACGGUGCGGAAACUGUUACCUCUUUUAGAUACAGUGGAAUCUCGAUUUACAAAUUGUAUUGGUUCUUGAACAGGGUUCGUAAAUAAAAAAGUUUGUAUAUUGAAGCAAAUUUCUCCAUCGGAAACAAUGUAAACACGAAAAGUGGGUUCCAGCCUCAACAAAAGUUCAUAUUUUAGUAAAAUAUUGUACACUGUAGACAAUAUAAAGUGCUUUACAUUACUGUAUAUCAAACAAACAUAACAUGGGGGUGAUGAAUCAACUACCUAUGUGAUGACACAGUCAAAACAACAACAACUAGCUGAAAUGUCGCCAUGCUAAAAUCACACACACACUGUCACUAGCUUUGUGGUGCACUCUACCAGCCAGGUUGCUACAAUGAUUAGGACUAAAUAAAACAAUCAACUUUAUCUUGUCAGUCAAUCUUCUUUGCGUGCAGAAGAAGGGAAAGGGAGGCAGUGUUGACAACGCUGUGGAUACUUUCUGAACGUUUCACUUGUCCAUUGCUUUCUUUGGACUCAUAUUAAGCUAGAAAAAAACAGACAAAUGUUGGAAAAAGGCUAAAAAUAACACAGCUUGUGCUGACUGAAUGAACACUGGAUGUGCUGCCGGGCACAACAUGGCUGCUCUGCGAGACACGCAAUGGGUGGAGGAAACAUUCGUAGACUGAGACAAGGUCCGUACACCAAAGCGUAUUUUUAUCCGGUCUGUGGUUCGUGAACCGAAACGUUUGUACAAUAAGUGUUUCUUAAAUCGAGGUUCCGCCGUAUAUUUUAUCGCUAUAUUUAGUCUAUUUAUGCCUGCAUUGUCCUUUCCAUCCUUACACUUUCCAUCAUUGUAACUGAGCUACUGAGUGGAACAAUUUCCCUUGUGGAUCAUUAAAGUUUGUCUAAGUCUAAGUCUAGUCAAGUUCGGCUGUCUCAAUGCGCAGUGCCAGAGCCUAAACCAGUGGUUCUUAACCUGGGUUCGAUCGAACCCUAUGGGUUCGGUGAGUUGGCCUCAGGGGUUCGGCGGAGUCUCCGCCACGGAGGUAAAGACACAUCCGACUUAUCGUGUAAAUAAAAACUUCUCCCUAUCGGCGUAUUAUGGAUACCCCCCAAACAAUGUUCCCUCUAAUUUUCCAUCUGAUUUGCAGCUUUUUUGAUUGAUUUUUUGAAACGUCUACUAGCAGAUUGCAAAGGAAGAGAAUACAUUACAUGAAACAGUACAGUUUACACAGUACAGUACAUAUUCUGUAAAAUUGACCACUACUCUUACUAUUAUGUUGGAUCCACUAUGGACUGGACUCUCACAAUAUUAUGUCAGACCCACUCGACAUCCAUUGCAUUCGGUCUCCCCUAGAGGGGGGGGUUACCCACAUAUGCGGUCCUCUCCAAGGUUUCUCAUAGUCAUUCACAUCGACGUCCCACCGGGAUGAGUUUUUCCUUGCCCUUAUGUGGGCUCUGUACCGAGGAUGUCGUUGUGGCUUGUGCAGCCCUUUGAGACACAUGUGAUUUAGGGCUAUAUAAAUAAACAUUGAUUGAUCAUUGAUUGAUAAAUGGUAACACCCGAAUAAGUUUUUCAACUUGUUUAAGUCGGGGUCCACGUUAAUCAAUUCAUGGUCAUGUGUGUAAGGUGUGUAAUUUGUUGUGAGUUCAUGCACUGUGUUGGUUUUGUUCUUUGAACAAGGUGAUGUUCAUGCACGGUUCAUUUUGUGCACCAGUAAAAAAACAUAUAACUUUUUCUUGAAUUGAAAAAAACAUGUUAUUUUUCACUAAAGAAGGGUUCGGUGAAUGCGCAUAUGAAACUGGUGGGGUUCGGUACCUCCAACAAGGUUAAGAACCACUGGUCUAAACUGACCCCAACAGGAGACGAUACGAGGACCUAGCUGAACUACCCGAUCUCUACAUUGUUUAUCAGAGUGUUUUAGCCUUUUUGAGUUGCAAAAUGUCGCAAAGGAGAUCUACUUAUAUGGAUCCAUUUUGCCCAUAGUCUGCAAAAUCUACCAAAUCUGACUCGACCAUGAAAAUCCUUAUCAAAGACAGUCCUACUCUUUGUUACUUGUUUCAUUUAUACCUUAAACGUAGAGUUUUAUUGUAAUUCAUAUCCCUCCCUACUAGUGUCUGUACAGUGUGACUGACCAAAGUCUUUAUUUCGGAAAGAGUUCCGACUUACACUAAAACUUGCGUCGUUGAUGACGGAACUCGUUCAAAAAGCCGAGGACCACCUGUAUGUCUGUAGGUUCAAUGAACAAAUACGGAGGAUCUAUUUUCCUGUCGACGUUCACGCUUUUAAAGCUUUAUUGUAGCAUAAGAGCAGCAAGUUACGGACAAAGUACCAUCAGUACCAGUAAUCUGCGGGCACGGUUAGAGUGACGAUUAGUCUGCACCCAACUGUCUGUCUUCAGUCGGAGCCUGCAACUCAGGAGCCCGAUUUGUUAAAAAAAAACUAAACAAUCAGACACAGCUGACAAGUCAGCACAGUUGUUGUAGAAAUAGUUGUCACUGCGUACGCUGUAUAUUUUUCUAUUUUAACUCGAUCCUGCAGUAGGUUGCCUUACUUCAUGCAUGGUUAGAUUUGAUGUUCUCGCUGUAAUAUUUGAAGAUCCUUUUCUUGGUGGCUAUUUUUCCCCUGCAGAUGUAUUAUUACUCUGUCCAGAUUGUGCCAAAUAUUCUGUUGUGGUAAGUACAGUAGAACACACGUGGAAGACUAUUAGUCACGCGGAACCUUGUUUUCUGCCUUUUUAGUAAAUACUUACUGUCUUUGUUCUUUAAAUGCAAGUUUCUCAUUGGUGUAUGAAUCGUAUAGAAUGUACUAUAUUGCCACUUUAUGUGCUUAAGUGAAACUUAGGCUAGAACGGGUGUGUCCAAAGUGUUGCCUGUAGCUAUUAAAAAAAAAAAAAAACACAUUAAAAUGUGGAAUUAAAGAGCAAACAGGUGUAAUGCAACAAGAACGUGUUGCAAUUUUGACACUAAUAACUAGGGCUGUCAAAUGGUUUAAAUGUUUAAUCGCGAGUAAUCGCAGUUUAUUCAUAGUUAACUCAAAAUUAAUCGCAGAUAGAUAUACUUUUUUAUCAUUAAUAAGUGUACUCUUGGCCACAGGUGUCAAACUCAAGGCCCAGGAGCCAGAUCUCGCACGCCACAUAAUUUUAUGUGGUCAGCCAAAGCCUGGAAAUAGUGCGUGUCAAAAAAGUAUUUAAAAAUGAAAUAAAAUAAAAAUAAUAAUUUUAAAAUGGUAUAUAUAUAUAUAUAUAUAUAUAUAAUAUUUAAAAAAAACUCAUAAAUUAAUACAAAAUAAAUACAUGACUUAAUCUUUCUAACUAAAUAUAUUUUUUCUAUCAAUUUUGACAUGAUGAACCCACCUCUCCACCUCUCACCCAAGAUCCACACAGGAAUGGGGCCAUAUGAAUCCCUUCCCGGAUUGAAACUUUUAUUAGUAGAUUGCACAGUACAGUACAUAUUCCGUACAAUUGACCACUAAAUGGUAACACCCGAAUAAGUUUUUCAACUUGUUUAAGUCGGGGUCCACGUUAAUCAAUUCACGGUCGUGGUCCCUUUAACAUUCUAUUGAUUUAACGUUGACCAACAUUUAAUUUUCCAGUGAGCGGCCCUCAGUGGAAACAUUUUGGACACCCCCGGGCUAAAGACUAGGUGUGAUUAUAAUCAGGGGCGCCAUAAAGCCUGGCUGACAGAGACUCCCCAAAACAGGUUUGUGGUGGGUAUUUUUUUUAACGGGGCCUAGAGUGUGCCCCUGAUUAUAAUAAAGGUAGUUUUAUUCAGUGUUUCCGUUCUACACUAACUCACUUGGAGUAUCGUUACAGAAUAGUUCCUGUGCUGGAAAGACCAAUAAAGACUGAUUAUUACGUAACAUCUGUGUUAAAUAAUGUCAAGAUUAAAGUGAAACAUGUCGGUCGAAA